AUGAUGGCUGAGAAAAACACCAUUUCGGAAACCGAUCGUACUGGUCCAGCCACAAAGAAUGGAUAUCCAGUUCAUGGGUCACCGAUAAUUAUUGAAACGUCGGAGGAGCCUGACAUGGAGCGCUUUACAGCAGCUGGUCGGCCGAAACCAGACUAUCAACCGGGCAUCUCCAACAUGGACUGUGGAUCCUUCACUGGUAGCGGUGCGCCGAAUUUGUUGCCGGUCAGGUUCACCGACAAGUCCAUGAUCAACGUACCGAUUCCUGCAGCGGAUCUGUGGGACGGAUCGGAACCUGUUCCGCAGCCAAAUGAAAGACGGUCAUCCUGGAUCGCAAAGCUGGGCAAGAAGCUGGGGACUAAAGAAAAGCAAAAGAUUGUCAAUGUCAAGAUGACACGAGGGGAGUACUUGAAGUAUUGGGCAAAGGAUGAAGACGGAAAUUAUGUUGGCACGGAGCCCAGGGGAGAAGGGAAGCGGAUAUGGCGCGAGAAACUUGAAGCUGAGCGAAACGCAUGA